CAAGAACAAGAACGCUAAUAACACAAAAAGAAAAACCCUUGUUUUGUAUUGGUUUGUUGUUUCUCUCCCUCACAAACUAAUCUUUCAUUCCUCUCUCAUUGAAAGAAAGAAAUAAAAAUGGAAUUCAAGAUGUUUGUGUCAUUGUAUCUGUUUAUGUCUUCAUGGGUUUCUGUGGGAUUUUCUGAAUCAUUUUUAGAUCAAGUGAGUGGCGGUGACGGCGGUGGUGCUUCAUUACCAUGCAUACAAAAACUCAUGCCAUGCCAACCUUAUUUGCAGAAACCGUUGUCACCGCCGGAUACGUGCUGCGAGCCAUUGAAGGAGAUGAUAUCAGGGGAUUCCGCUUGCCUCUGUGGAAUCUUCGACAAUGCUGAUCUUUUGAAGAAAUUCAAUAUCACCCAAGAUGUUGCCUUGAAACUUCCCAAGGCUUGUGGUGCCAAUGCAGAUGUGUCUGUCUGCAAAACGGAAUCUUCCGCACCAAGUGUUUCACCAGCAACUCACACUCCUGCAACUCCUUCUAAUAGUACAUCUCCAAGUAACACUACUACUACAACCGCAAACAAUGCAGCUAAUUGGAUUCCAUAUUUUGGUGGAUCAUCUUUCAUCCUUGUCAUUGUGAAUUUAUUUCUUGCAGCAAUCUAGGAUUGUCAUUCAUUCCAAAAGUGAAACAUUGCUUUGGAAUUUUCUCAUAAAUGGCACUGAUGAUUUAAUCGGAAAUGUUGAACUGCUUUAAGUUGCCUCCUAAAGACACUUGGUUUGUACUAUACCAGAAUUGUUUGGAUUGUGGUAGUUCUAGUUUUAUGUACAAGCCUUUAUUUCAUAUUCGAUAACAAAUUG